AUGUCUGCUCCCGCUACCGUUCAUGUCUCGGGCAUCUCGCCCGCAACCUCCGAGAAGGAGGUUCGCGACUUCUUCAGCUUUUGUGGCAAGAUUGUCUCUCUUUCCAUCACUCCCGUUUCGUCUGAGGCCGAUGCCCCCAAGUCCGCUUCCGUGACUUUUGAGAAGGAGGCAGCCGCUAAGACCGCCCUCCUUCUGGACCAAACCCAACUGGGCACCUCCCCUGUGCACGUCGAAGCUGCCCACAACAUCGACGAGCUCGCCGGCCCCGACGCCACCACUGCCGACACCAAGGAAGACGAGAACCAUAUCGCACAGGAGGACAAGCCCCGCUCGCGCAUCAUCGCCGAGUACCUGGCCCACGGCUACGUAGUCAGCGACAACGCCAUCACCAAGGCCAUCGCCCUUGACCAGAAGCACGGCUUCUCCAACCGGUUCACCUCCGCCCUGAGCAACUUCGACAAGAAGUUCAACGCUACCGAGCGCGCCAAGGGUCUCGACGAGAGCUACCAGAUCACCAACAAGGCCACCACCGGCUGGCACGGUCUGAGCUCGUACUUCGAAAAGGCGCUCGAGCACCCCACCGGCCAGAAGCUGCGCGACUUUUAUGCUCGGACUGAUAAGCAGGUGCGGGAUAUCCACAACGAGGCUCGUCGCUUGGCCGACCUGAAGCAGGGUAAGAGUGGUGAGGCUGAGGGCUCCGCUGCUGCUGAGGGUGCUUCUGAGUCUAUUGCUGCUGUUCCUCCUCAGGAGCCUAAGGCUUAG